ACCGCGCGUUUUGCCAGUAUGAAGUUAGUAACCAAACUCACCACGUGUUGUUGUUGGGCCAAAAUACAAGUGUGUAUUAUUUUGUGACGGAAACAGUUAUAAUUCAUAAUUACAUUUUGUAUCAUUUUGUAACGUGUUAAGUGAUUUCAAUAAGUCUUUACUAAAUCCGUAGAAAAGCAGCCGACAAAAAAAUGGUCCGACCAAAAUUGAAUAAGAAGAAAUGGAUGCAAGAUAUGGAGCCUGAGCCAACAGAUUCGGGAAUUCCUAUACCAGAUUUACCAGAAAAAUUUCUUCUAAUGCAAGUAAGAAGUGGCUCGAAAAUUAGAAAUGUUCUCGAUUACGCGUUGAAAGAAUUCUCAAAUUAUAACAACGUUGUUUGGAAUGCGGUAGGGAAAGCUGUUGGGAAAGCUAUUUCCUGUGCGGAAAUUUUCAAAACGAAAGAAAAAGAUCUUCAUCAAAUCACUAAAAUACGUUUUAUACAGUCGAAGGAGUCGGAGAAGAGAAAGGAGAAUGAAUCCGCCGAAAAUGUACAAAUUUAUCACGUCCCGGAAAUAUUUAUUUUGCUUGCAAAAGAAGUAAAAGACACAUCAGUGCCUGGCUACCAGGCGCCUGGUGAUAAUGGAGAAUUCUUAAAUGGCCAAGAAAUGAAAAACGAGAGCAAAGGUAAGAAACAGGAAGCAGGUAGUAAUGUGACCCGCGUGGAUGCUGGGGAAUUCGCAGCUAUGGGAUUGAGGGCUGGUCAAAAAAGGCCAAAGAAAGAGCAAACGAAAGGGCAAACAGAAGCACCACCAAAAAAGAGUAGGAAAAGAGCAAACGAUGGUCGAUAAUACAAGCGAGAGAAAUUAAAUUGUAUUGUAUAUAAAAUUCUAUCUGAAAUAACUCGUAUAUAAUCAGAGACAAAAAUUUUUAAUUUUAAAUAAAAAAUCAUAUUUUCUUCGAAAAUUUGUACAUUUGUAAGAAUUUUAAUUCUAUCAUAUUUGUUUUAUGCGCAUGAAAGAGCGAUACAAUGAUUCUUAUUAAGUAAAAAGUUUAUUCCUUGUCAGUACAUGCAUGUUUAUUACAGAAAUAAUCACGCGCUUUCGGUGUAUUUCUCAUAUUCCAAUCUCUAUUAACUGAUCUUAUCGUUAUUAGAUUUCUUAUUUACAAAUUAUAUAUACAGUGUUACAAUAGCAUGCAUGCACAUUGCGGACUUAUAACAUACACUAUGAAAAUUACAGUGCCUUCUACAGAAAUUUAAUUGUAAGAUCUUCUGUCUUUUGGUUUUAGAAAAAGUUAUUCGCAAUAGACGAUUAGCAAACAUCACAUUUCACCAACAGUAAAUGAAAUUACUAAAAAAUUCUUUCAUGAUGAUUAUGUUUCUCACCGUUGGUGAAACUGGAAGAGAGUACAUUUUUGCAAUUAUUUCUGUUUCUUUUUUGUAAUAAUAUAUUCUUAGUAUCAAAUUCGUAUAAGCUUACAAAAAACAUUGUUUGAAUUAAUCGCGAUUGAUACAUUAAUAAACCAAUAAAUUCCAAAGUAUUCUUAAUUCUUUUUUUCAUUUUCAUAUUAUGUCAAUUACUACUAUAAACUACUUAUUAUGGAGCUUAAGUAUUCGGCAGUAGUAUGGAUAAUCUCCCAGCACUGAUAUUGUUUUUCUUACCGAGAAAACUAGAGAACACUUUCAACUUUCUCAUUGGCAGAAUUAUUAAUCGGUAAAAAAUUAAUGUCAAUUAAUAUAGAUAAAUGAUUAUAAAAGAAACUAAAAAAUAAUAUUCACUUGUAUUCUCUAGUCUCAUUUUUAAAAACGUGUGUGCCCUGAUAAUAUAACAGGUCUGUAUCAUCCUUCUUAUGUUUAAUACUUUACAGACAAUAAAAAUGUAACGUUUUUAAACGGACUAUACGAUAUUAAGAGUUAUACCGGUAACAGGAGAAGAAAGUCAACAUUUUAAGUUCAAUCCCACAUAAGAUAAAUAUGUUAUAAAUAAGAACACUACACAUUUACUAUCAUUACUAAUAAUGCAUAUAAGUGUUUGCUUCAUUUGGUUACUGCACGAUGAUUAUAGUUACGUUAUAUUGAUAACGUUUGCUACAGUAAAUAUAUCCAUUUUUUUAUGAUGACUCAAUGAAGUAA